UGGGGUCACAUUGACUUUAUGACGAGUGAGAUUGCCUGAUAGUGAUUAUCUCAUGAGCAGUUGGCGUAGUUGAGCGUGGAAUUCAGUGGAUAUCUGCUGUUUUCUGCACAAACACACCCACGCUGCGACUGAGAACGGCUUCAGUUGAGAGAAAACAGACAGUGUGUGAGGAAGUGGCUUCGGAAUCGGCUGAAAUGGAGAUUUCCCUCAAGAAUAAGAUCAUCCUCGUCACAGGCGCUGGCCAAGGCAUUGGGAAUGAGCUCUGUCGACGCCUGUCCACAGCUGGCUGUCACGUAAUCGGCGUCUCCAGGUCUGUUGCUCCGCUGCAAGACCUGAAGCGCGACUGUCCUGAGAUUGAGACAAUCUCUGUGGACCUCAGCGACUGGAAGGCAACUCGUCGGAGCCUGAAUCACAUCAAGAAGGUCGACGGAGUGGUGAACAAUGCCGGAAUAGCCGUCGUGAAGCCCUUCGAGGAGCUGACAGAGGAGGAUUUCGACCGGACUUUCGCCAUCAAUUCCAAGGCCGUGUUCAAUGUGUCACAGAUGAUGGCCUCCCGGAUGCCCAGCAUGGGCGGAAGCAUCGUGAAUGUGUCCUCUCUGGCCUCCAUGCGCUCCUUCCAGGGACACUCUGUCUACUCCGCCAGCAAGGCCGCCGUGGACUCCAUCACGCGCAGUCUGGCCCUGGAGCUGGGCCCCAGGAACAUCCGCGUAAAUAGCGUCAAUCCCACUGUCAUUCUCACGCGAAUGGGCAGGGAGAACUGGAGCGAUCCGGCCAAGGCAAAGCCCCUGCUUGACAACAUCCCACUUCACCGCUUCGGGGAGGUUUCCGAGGUGGUGGACGCGAUUGUGUACCUCCUCAGCGACAAGUCAUCCUUCAUGACAGGACACAGCCUGCCCCUCGAGGGGGGCUACUGCGCCUGUUGA